AUGAACGUGGUGGCUGUUUGUUUUGUUCUGUCUUCGCUUGCACCAGCCGGUAUAUUGUCGGCACAGCCCGAUACACAGAAACAACAGUUGGAAGCGGAGAAGAAAGUAAGAGCAGAUGUGAUAGUGAAAGAAGGGCAGAGAGUAAUCGUGUUUGAAUACGAGAAAGAAGGUCUUUCAAUUUCACCCCAUAAGCAUAAGGCCACAGAUGAGAUAGUCGACAUGAGCUCCACUUCCACUGUCGGAGACAGAUUAUCGGAGGCGGCAAUGACAAUAAAAGAGAGAGCCAAAGAAGCCGCCUCUGUUCUCCCGAAUCUCGGCCAAGGUCUUUCUACUUCAACACCACCAUCAGAUGGCGCCCAUCAAUCCACUCCCGGAGAGCUAAUUUGCGACACCUUGGGUAAGUGCAAGCACCAAGUCGCCGGUGUUUUCAGUAAAGCGAAGGACAUAGCUCAAGAAGGAACAGAGCACGCCAAGGAGAAGGCCAAAGCCAUGGCAGCCCACCUGUUCGAAGAAGGGUCUGAUAAAGCGAAAGGAGUCAGAGAUGCUGUCAUCGAUAUGACCAGAAUCGCUGGAGAAAACUUAGCCGGUACCAUCUCCGACAAGAUGAAGAAAACCCGCGAUGAAGCCGCCGGAAAAAUGAAGCAAGCCGAGGAAAAGGCAGAAGACGUGGUGAAGAAAAGUGCUAAUCAGGUAAAAGAGAACCUGAAGGAGGUUUUCCGACGAGGACACGAGGUGGUUUUCAAAGCCAUGAGAAGUAGAGUGUCGCCGGAGAACAGGGGGGCUUUGAUGGGUGUAGUUCGGCUGCUUGGGUUCGCAACUGCUUAUGGGAUGUCCGUGUGGGUAACGUUCGUGUCGGGCUAUGUAUUGGCAGAAGCUCAAUUGAGGCAACAAUUCGGGAUUGUACAGAGUAAGAUCUACCCUGUUUACUUCAGGGCCAUGGCUUACAGCAUUGGGCUCUCGCUGCUCGGGUUGUGGUUUAGCCAGGGUCGUCGCCGGCCCGAGAAGGUUCAAAGCUAUAAUCUGCUUGCGUUUUUAAUGGUCCUUGCCAAUUUAUUUUACUUGGAGCCUCGUGCCUCUAAGGUAAUGUUCGAGAGGAUGAAGAUAGAGAAGGAAGAAGGGAGAGGGACGGACGGCGCAGACAUUGUGAUCAACAAACCACCGGCACCGUCGCACUCGCAGCCAGUCGGGGUUGCGAGCACUGCAUCCACCAUCAAUGGCAGCAGCGCCGCUGACAAGGGAAGAGUGUUGAACCAAAGGCUGAAGAGGUUUAAUACUCACUUGUCGUUCCUCAAUAUCUUGACUCUGAUGGCUCUUACGUGGCAUCUCGUUGACUUGGGUCAUCGUCUGCACUUUACUUGCUGA